AUGUCCGGCCAGCCGCCAUCGAACGUCCAGCCUGGCCUAUCGAAAUCCGCCGCCAAAAAGAAGGCAAAGAAGGCGGCAGCCAAAGCGGCAUCAUCUACCGCUUACCCAGCAGCGUCCUCGACUGGACCUGCAGGACUAGCAGGCGGAGACGCUGCCUAUCUUACCGGCGAGGUCCCAUUGACGCUCGAUCCGCAUCUCUACCCCGCACAUUCCAAUUACCAUCCCUCAGCAACUGGCUUUCACGCCUCUCUCCCUCCCCUCGAUCCCGCCCUCUUCAACUUUCCUCCCGGCGCUUUCCCACAGGGCGCCUACCCCGUCGACGUCCAAUACGAGACGGCGACGUACUACGACGACGUCGAAGUACCACUUCCCAACGCCAACGGGACCGGACCCUUCUCACUCCCCUUCCCCCUCGAUUACAACUCCCUCUCGGCUUUUGGCCAACCCAACGGCAACUCCCUCUCCACCCUCGCAUCCAACCUCAACAUCACCCACGAGGAUCUCGUUGAAGUCGCAAACGAGCUAUAUCGGAGGAUGCAGGAACCCAGUUUCGGGCAGGACGAUCCUUACUGGUCCAACUUGUCGCCGCAUGUCCGUCAUUUCAUUCGCGAAGCGGUGCCAUACGACACUCAGACGGCAGCGGCGGCACGGAAUCAGCAGACGGGAUCGCUAGAGCAGAGGAUGAUGCAGGCGAUGGCGCAAAAGAUUGUGUCGGCGGCGAGUGAGGGGAUGGGGAUACCCAAGAAUCUCAGCGCGAAUAUUCUUGCGGGCGUAGGCGUAGGGGUGAAUGGUCGGGCGGUCUUUCAGGGACAUCCACCACCGCCCCCACAGCCUCCAACGGCGGCGUCGGUGGCGGAACAGCUUGGGUUCAGACGGCAUCCUGAUGCUCAAGAGGAGGAGGAUUACGAGGAUGAGUUCGAUCUGGACGAUGGGGAGUAUGCGGCGGGCGCGAAUGGGGAUCCGCCAAAGAAGAAGAACAAGAAGAAGAAGAAGCGGGCGGCGGUGCAGGAGGUCCCACCUGUACAGGUCCCUCCACCUGCGGCGAAACAACCACCACGACCGCCGUCCGCGCCGCUGCAACAACCCGUUCUCAAUCCCCCUCCCCCACCUGCUACCCCAGCACCGGCACCUGCUCUCGCUCCCGCCCACUCCGCCCAUCCCACUCCCAGUUCUCGGGCCGCCGGCAAGCAGCCCAUGCCCACCGCAGCUACUGGUGCCCCCGCCGCCCACCCUCCCUCAGCUGCCACAACAGCUCCUGCUCGAUCUGCUCGUGCAGCCGGCAAAGCUCCCGCAUCCUCUGCUCCACCGGCCAAUCAUCACGGCCACAACCAUCCCCACCCACCCGCCAAGCCCGCCGCAAAAGGCAAAGCACCCGCUCCCGCCCCACCCGCCAAGAUUUGGACGCAAUCCUCUGCCCAAGAUCGCGAAAACAUCCGCCGAUUCUGGCUCGAGCUGAAUGAGGCGGAACGGCGUGAUCUACUCCAGAUCGAGAAGGACGCGGUCCUUCGCAAGAUGAAGGAGCAACAUCGGCACGCGUGCGGAUGCGCCGUAUGCGGGCGGAAGAAGGUCAAUAUCGAAAUGGAACUGGAUCAGCUUUAUGAGCAGUACUAUGACGAGUUGCGCCUUUACGCCGCAGAGCAACGGGCGGCUUCGGUCGGACAUCGGGCCCAACCUCCAGGCGCCGGACCAUUCCCUGGAUCGGUGGAAGUCGAUGCGACGGGAACGGUGACCAAGUUUGAUCAUCGUGCGCCGGAACAUGCGUACUACCAGGACGAUGGGCUCGAAGAUGAAGGCUCGGAGCUAGAGGAAGAGUACGAUGGGGAGGACGACGAGGAACUCGAUGAUGAGGAUCUCGGUUCGGACGAGGCGGAGGCAGGGGACGAUAUCGACGAGCCACCACCGGCUCGGGCGAUUCGGAAACCGCCCGCCCGUGCGGCUGCGCCCAGAGCGGAGGGCGCCGAGGACUUUUUGGCGUUUGGGAAUAGUUUAGCGACGAUUAAAGGAGGUAUACUUACCGUCGCGGACGACCUACUCAAGAAUGACGGCGCACGAUUCCUCGAGAUGAUGGAGCAAUUGGCGGUGGCGAGGGUGGUUAGGGAGGAGCAGAACGUGCGGGAUAUGCAGGAGGAGACGGAUGAUGAGGAUUAUGAUGAGGCAGAGGAACCGUUGACGGAGGAGCAAAAGAUGGAGGAGGGGAGGCGAAUGUUCCAGAUCUUUGCGGCGAGGAUGUUUGAGCAGAGAGUGCUGCAGGCAUAUCGCGAAAAGGUGGCCAAGCAGCGUGAGGAGCAGCUGUUGUUGGAGCUGGAGCAGGAGGAGAAUGUCAAGAAGAACAAGGAGGAGCGGAAAGCCAAGGAGGCUCAGAAGAAGAAGGACAAGAAGAGGAUGCAGAAGGAGAAGGCCGACAAGGACAAGGCGGAUCGGGAUGCCGCUCAAGCGGAAGAGAUUGCUGCUGCUCGUCUCAAAGCCGAAGAGGCUGAGCGGGAGCGACUCAAGCGGACCGAGGAGGAACGUAUCCGCCGUGAGGCCGUCAAGAAGGCUGCGUCCGAGGAGGCUGCUCGACAGGCUGCUGAGCGGAAACGACGGCAGCAGGAAGAGAAGGAGAGAGAGGAGGAGGCUGCGCGGAAGAAGAAGGAGAAGGAGGAUAAGGCGCGCAAGGAGCGUGAAGCGCGGGAUAAGGAGCUCAAGGAGAAGGAGCGGAAAGAGAAGGAGGAGCGGGCGGCCAAGGAGAAGGCAGACAAGGCUGAGCGGGACCGUCUAGCCAAGGAAAAGGCAGAAAAGGAGCGCUUGGCCAAGGAGGCGAGAGAAGCUGCCGAGAAGGAGCGUCUGGCCAAAGUCGAGGCGGAACGGCAAGAGAAGGUUCGGAGGGACGAGAUUGCGCGGAAAGAGAGGGAUGCCGCCGAACUUGCCAAAGCUCUCGCGGCUCAGCAGGCUGCGCGUGUCAAGGCGGAGAAGGCGGCUGCGGACAAGGCUGCGGCAGACAAGGCCGCAAGGGAGAAGCUGGCCGCCUCUACAUCGGCUGCUCCGAUCCCCAUCAAGCCUCGCGCCGCGUCAUCUCGGAACGGACCUACUCAUACCACACCGCCGGCGGAACAGCUCUCGCCCAUCAAGAGCGUCGGCGGCUCGCGACCUCCAGCCGGACCGUCUACCGGUCGUACACCGCAAAAGACACCUCAGGCGUACUUCCCUCAACCUAUGCCAGCGGGCUCGUACCCCACUCGCAUGCCGAUGGGUCCCGGCUUUGGCGGUACCCCCGGCUUCCGCCCAUCUGCACCGUCAGGCAGCUUCAACCCCUCGGUAUCUCCAGUCUUCUCACCUGUAGUCCCACUAAGCGGUACGAGCCUCUCCCCAAAUCCACCGGUCCGGGGUUUUCAUCCCGAGCCAAGCCCACCCUUCGACCACCCUCGCUCCGCGGCCAUCGGUAUGGGCUUCCCCAUGAAACCGCCCGGACUCGCGGGACCCAGCCACCGCUUAUCCAGUAUGGAGGAGAACUACUCGGAGACGCCGAUCGGCGCACCCAGGUCGGUGUCUACCGGCGAUGUGAACCACCUCAAUCUCUCGGGAUUGACGCUGGAGGACUAUCGCCCCUCCGCUGCGAUCGGCGCACCCGGCAGUGCAGCACUCGGUGUCGGCUCCGCACCUGGAAGCGCUAUCGGCCGUACCCAACCCGCAUCCCUCGCCUCCACAUCCGCGUCCGUAUCCACCAACCCCACUUCCGCUCCCCUCGCCUCCGGUUCCCGCUCACCAAAGGGGCCAGAGAGGAUUCUCGGAUCCGCGGCGCUCUUGUCGACAGACGACGAGAUUGUCUCCCCUCCCACUCGGCGAAGUAUCCACGUCAAUGGCUGGGAGGCUGCCUCGAUGCUCCCAAGUCUCCCGCCUGCCCCGUCUGGCGCGUCGAGAUGGUCGGCGGGAUCCAGUAUCUGGGGAGCCAGCGUGGCGGAAUCACCAUGGUCCGCUCCUCCUCCAUCGAGCAUGUCGGGUCCACCCGGCCUCCCUGGUCUUCCAUCCCUCCACAAUCAGCUCCCUCAGCAUCCACAUCAACUCCCCCAUUCGCUCGGUCCUGGACCAGGCGGAUUACGUCAGCCUUCAGGCGCGGGCGCAGGAGGAUCAGGUCCGACGUCCGCACCUACCGCGUCGAGCUUUGGGGGCCUAGGUGGCGGGUUUGGAGGUGCGUUCGCAGGAGGUCUGUUCUCGCCACCUGUCACGGCGGGACCAGUGCCUCCAGGAGCGGGAGCGGGGGUAGGCCAGACGGGGAAGGAGAGUCAGGCGCAGCAGAUCCCGGGUCAGACGCAGCAGGGUGGUGGACAGCCGGGGUUCGGGGGCUUUGGGAUGAGUCAGGAUAAGUACCAUCAUCACUAG